UUCUGCAACCCAUUCUCUACGUUCACUCUCAAACUCUCUAGCUUUCCCCUCUCUUUCUCUCUAAAUUUCCAAACUUUCUUCGUGAUUCCUUUGGGGUUUGAGCUUCUCAAGUCUUAUUAUGGCUAAGGACGUUGAGGUUGCAGAGCGUGGGUCUUACUCCACCAAGGACUACCAUGACCCUCCUCCAGCACCGCUAAUUGACGCGGAGGAGCUCGGCAAGUGGUCCUUUUACAGGGCUUUGAUCGCUGAAUUCAUAGCCACUUUGCUUUUCCUUUACAUUACCGUUCUUACUGUGAUUGGCUACAAGUUCCAGUCCGAUACCAAAGCCAACGGCGAUGUCUGUGGUGGCGUUGGCAUUCUCGGCAUUGCUUGGGCCUUCGGUGGCAUGAUCUUCAUCCUUGUUUACUGCACCGCUGGAAUCUCAGGAGGUCACAUCAACCCAGCAGUGACAUUUGGGCUCUUCUUGGCUCGCAAGGUGUCACUGAUCAGAGCCAUCUUGUACAUGGUGGCUCAGUGCUUGGGUGCCAUCUGUGGAGUUGGGUUAGUGAAGGCCUUCCAAAAGGCUCACUACACCAGGUACGGUGGUGGGGCCAAUUCUCUGAACGACGGCUACAGUACCGGCACCGGUUUAGGCGCUGAGAUCAUCGGAACCUUUGUUUUGGUAUACACUGUGUUCUCUGCAACUGAUCCCAAGAGGAACGCUAGAGACUCCCAUGUGCCUGUUUUGGCUCCACUUCCCAUUGGGUUUGCUGUGUUCAUGGUUCACUUGGCCACCAUCCCAGUCACUGGCACCGGCAUCAACCCGGCCAGGAGUCUUGGAGCUGCUGUUAUCUUCAACCAAAAGAAACCCUGGGAUGAUCAUUGGAUCUUCUGGGUGGGACCAUUCAUUGGGGCAGCCAUUGCAGCAUUCUACCACCAGUUCAUCUUAAGGGCAGGAGCAGCUAAGGCUCUUGGAUCGUUCAGGAGCAAUCCCUCUGUUUAAAUCUGUGUUGGUAGUGUUGAUGGUUCAAAUGGAACGAGGUGCUUCAAGGGAUGAAUGAGUUGUUCCAUGUGACUGAGGGAGCCUUUUGUAAUACCCUCAUGUCUUUUUAAGCAUUUUCCUUUUGAAUCUUCUUAAGUGUGUCUUCUUUUCUCAGUCCUUCUCUUCUCUUGUCUGUACUCAUUAUAUGAUUUAUGGGGGAGAAAUAAAAUAUUUUAAUUAUGUGUUUA